GGCACGGAGCGGCAGCCGCCCCCCUGGACCGAUGAACUGGCCGAGAUGUCCCGGCACAUCUACACCCGACACGGGAUAGGCGAGGGGCUCCAGAAGCCCGUCUUCCAGGCCAACAGAGGGACCUACUCCAGACGCAGCCGGUUGAAGAGGUCAGACGGCAGCACCACCUCCACCAGCUUCAUCCUCAGACAGGGUUCAGCUGAUUCCUACACAAGCCGACCGUCGGACUCGGAUGUGUCCCUGGAAGAGGAGAAGGAGGGUGGCCGGCAGGAGAGGGAGCAGCAGGCCACUGUCCAGCUGGAGAGGGCCAAGACUAAAGCAGUGGCCUUCGCGGUGAAGACGAAUGUCAGCUACUGUGGCGCGCUCGAUGAAGACGUACCUGUGGCGGGCACUGCCAUCUCUUUUGAUGCCAGGGACUUCCUCCACAUCAAAGAGAAAUACAACAACGACUGGUGGAUCGGCCGUCUGGUGAAGGAAGGCUGUGACAUCGGCUUCAUCCCCAGCCCUCUGAAGCUGGAAAACAUCCGACUCCAGCAGGAGCAGAAGAGAGGACGCUUCCAUGGCAGUAAAUCCAGCGGGAAUUCCUCUUCCAGUCUUGGAGAAAUGGUCUCAGGCACGUUCAAGCCAAACCCCAACUCUGCAGGAAAGCAGAAACAGAAAGUGGCUGAGCACAUCCCUCCGUAUGACGUGGUACCCUCCAUGAGGCCAGUUGUCCUGGUGGGACCGUCCCUGAAAGGCUACGAGGUGACAGAUAUGAUGCAGAAGGCCCUGUUUGACUUCUUGAAGCACAGGUUCGAUGGGAGGAUAUCCAUCACAAGGGUAACAGCUGACAUAUCUCUAGCCAAGAGGUCAGUACUUAACAACCCCAGUAAGAGGGCCAUCAUUGAGAGAUCCAACACCCGCUCCAGCCUUGCGGAGGUCCAGAGUGAGAUAGAGAGGAUCUUUGAGCUGGCCAGAUCUCUGCAGCUGGUGGUGCUGGAUGCUGACACCAUCAACCACCCAGCACAGCUCAUCAAGACCUCAUUAGCACCCAUCAUCGUCCAUGUUAAAGUGUCCUCGCCCAAGGUUCUCCAGCGGCUGAUCAAAUCAAGAGGGAAAUCUCAAAGCAAACACUUGAAUGUGCAGCUUGUGGCAGCAGACAAACUAGCGCAGUGUCCACCCGAGAUGUUUGAUAUUAUCUUGGAUGAGAACCAGCUGGAAGAUGCAUGUGAACACUUGGCGGAGUACCUCGAGGCGUACUGGCGCGCCACACACACCUCGCUCAGUACACCGCUCAACCCCCUGUUGGGACGCAACCUGGGUUCCACCGCUCUCUCCCCGUAUCCUGCUGCUAUACAGGCCCAAAGAAACCGAAACAGCAACCACACAACAGCAGACCAUUCACCGGUCGAGCGCCGCAGCCUGAUGCCUGCCGAUGAGAACUACCAUAACGAACGGGCUCGCAAGAACCGCAACCGCCUGUCGUCUGGCUCCCAGCACAGCCGGGACCACUACCCUCUGGUGGAGGAGGACUACCAGGACCCCUACCAGGACUCUUACAAGCCUCAUCGCAACCGAGGCUCCCCAGGAGGCUACAGCCAGGAGUCGAGGCACAGGCUUUGAGCUGUAAACAUAGUACAGGCUUCUCUGGAGCUAAGAGUUGAGGCAGCUUUGCUGAAACAUAUUGAAACUACUACACUCAUUUGGCUCCAGUUUAUUUGGAUUGUAACAACCUCUUAUCUGAUGUGUAGUACCUCAUUUACCCUUCCCUGGAAUUGGUUCUUGCCAAUUUGGGCAUUUGAACCAACCUAAGAAUACAAUUCCUGCUCUUGUUUUUGAUAUGAACAAGAGAAGGGUUUGCAUCUGAAACUAGUGCAAGAGCAGGCUGGUUGUGUUUUAAAGGGAAGGCUAAAAGCUGGACCUCACGUGAAUUUGCCCCAGAUGUGGCUUGUGACUGAGGCAAGGUACACUAGCAGAUGAUAGUGUGCGACUUAGGCCCUUCUGGACUCUCCUUGCCAUCUCAGCUGUUACUGUAGCAUGCAGGUGGGACUGUCAUUACAGUUCACUACCUGCCUCAAGCCAGUGCCAGAAAGCACCAAGCACCCAGUGGUGAUGAUCAGCACAGAACCUGUUUGCACGUGUCCAGGAGCUGGUAGAAGCAGAGUGCGAUGCAUCUUUACUGAUAAUGCUCCUUAAGUUUGUUUGCCAUUGUCUUGGAUGUGUGUGUUUAUUCAAUCCUGUGGAAACCCCUUCCCAAAAUCAGAGAUUAUGUUUUUUGAGGUGUCACGGAUUUACAUGUGCUCUGUUGGGGGAGUUCACGAGUUCCCUGGGUCUCUCUUCUUUCUCAAAAAUCACACUUAGUGCCAUUUUUGCCAUUAACCACAUGGACAGUGGACACUGACAUACAGAAAAUCAUGCAGAACUGCCACAAAACUAACAGAUUUCCAUCCUCAGGAAUUGGUAUGGCCAUUAGAGAUAAUUUAGAGCAUUAACUGGGCUGACAGAUGUAGCAUACGUGCUGUUAACCAUCUGAGGAGGGUUACAUAAAUUGAUCAGGGUUGGUGGCCUGAUAUGAAUAUAGCCUAGUGAUAUACACCAAGUGAUAUUUACCAGUGCAUCAGGUCAGUUAAGUCGAAUUUUAAGGGUCUUUGUAACAUAGUUCUUACUUAGCUGUUACAGAGAAACCUCUUAAUCUAAGGAAGGACUACUUCCACCACUAGAAUCGUCAUGCCAGCAUGUUUUUUAAUAUGCCAUGCAUCUAUCAAGUGCUGUUAACCUGUAUUGUGUUUGGCAGGACAUCAGUUGGAAGUGUAUAAUAGUAUUUUAGUGAGUAACUUGUAUCUAAGGGAUCCAGAGUUAGAGGUAGUUAACAUGACUGAUAGAGAAAUGGAUACGUUAUUGAAUUGAAGUUUCACUGCUAGAACGUCAAACGACAUUCCUCUCAUCUCUCCACUCAAAGCCCUGCACACGUCUUCCAGUGGCUGCUCAGAAAAGGUAACUCUCCUCCAUCACGUUUUGUUUUAUAAUGAUCUUUAAUUAUUAAGCCUCGCCAUCAAAGCUUUUUAUAUUUCUUGAGUAGCUAUAGAACAUCUCUGCCUCUUUCAUAUCGUCAGCUAUAGCAUUUUGAUUGUGUUUCUUUUGAAAUUCAAAAGAGCCUUGCAGAUGAGUGAGAAACUACUUACUGAAAGCACUUGGCCGGAGCGUGCACUGCAUUUUGUCACAAUGUCUUUGACAUGCUGCAUUUGUGGAGAUAGCUCAGUUCCCUGCAUCUUGGAUCAGGUGAAUUUACUUGUAUGCUCAAAAGUACUACAGGAUAAUUAUACCAUUACCUUUUAAUGACAUAUCUGGUAUCUUGUUAUUUAAUAUUUGUUGAGGAAUUCAUGUUCAGUUUGACUUUUUUGGUUUAUAGGCCAGAGGUCUCUUUGUGCUUCAGUGACUCUGGACAAAAAAAGAAAAAAAAAAA